AUGUCUCUGACGUUGAUAGUGACGGUGAUGACGGUGGUUAGCGGCCAAAUGACAUCACAUAACAGGACAUAUUCGCUCGAGAAGCGGGGAGGAUUCAAUGUGAUGGGAGCCCUGGGAGGCGGGACCGGCUUCUCAGGAGGCUCGAAGAGCUUGAAAGAUCCCUGUGGAUACAUCGAAUUGACUCCCGAAAAUUGGCAAGAACUUGGGAUCGACGAAUACCUUGCAAAUUAUCCUAAUGGGGAUAAGCUGACUCUUCAGGAAUUUGCCGCCGAAUUGAAUGUUCCAAAUUUUUAUUGUGGGGUUGGUAUGCAAUGUUUAGCUGGCCAGCUCUGCAGUCCAGCCGUCGGGAUCAAUUGGAUGAUCUUAUACGCCGUCCAGGAAUGGAGUAACUUCAUGAACAGUCUUUAUAAAGCGGUCGAGCAUGCAGUCACUCUAGUCAAGGAUGCGGCGGCUUCUAUCGUUAAUGAUUUCACGAGCAUCAUACCUCCCAAAGACCAGCUCUAUGGGUGGACAGUCGCGGACAUUGUGUGCGGAGUCUUGGGCAGUAUCUCAGCUAUCGCGGUGCCGGCUUUUAUACCGGCGGACUCGCUUCAAGUAGCUAUGGCAGACCUGGCGGUCAUGCCCGCAUUCCUUGCGACACCAGAGAUGGGAAUCGGCAGGGAGAAGAAUUCUCCAAAGGAAGGACAGAAGGCUUACGAUGCUGCACGGGCUGCAUUAGAUGCGAGAGAUUGGAAAGGAUUUGAAAAAAUUCAAACCGAGAAAGAUAAUGAUGACAUUCAGAAAUUUUUCCAACAUGGUCAAAAAUCUCCCUUGUUGAUCACCGAUGGAAGCUCUCACCCUCGACCCAGCCAACCAAAGGCAAGCUAUCACGUCGAAGAACCGGACAGUCCAACGCAUACCGGCCCGUCUUCGGGCACCUCUCCAUUCGUCGAGAGUCCCCCAUCAAGUCCAAAAGGCGACCCUCAUGCGGGCGCUCCUCAAGCGAGCGCCCCUCCUUUGGCCGAAACCCGCCCGCAAAAGCCAAAGGGCGCUAAUUCAGUUCCGGAUCGUUUCCCUGGUCAAGGUGGUGUAGACGAAUACACUCCAGAGAAUCUAAGACCUGACGAUCACAACCCGGGGACUCACCAGAGACAACGUCGAUCGAUCAUACAACAUAAGGAGGGCCAUUAUAGCACUGACGCUUAUAAAAGAUACGCGUACCUUCAAGCCCGCUUGAGCUCGAUCCAAAAUCGGAUUCAGAGUUACAUUGCCGUCAACUUCAAGAUGGCAACGAUGGCCCCGAUACUAUCUAAGGGUGGAUUAGCGGAAAUUUUACAAGGAGGAGCAUAUUUAAAUCCUAAUCCGAGCGAAAAUGAACUUCAAGAGGGUGGCAAAGCUUUGGCUCAAAUCACUGCCCUCGCGGAAUUAUUUCAAAGUCUUAAAAUCUUUGUUACCAUUGGUGCUGCCGAAUGCAAAGCAGGAGGACCGAAUGGAGCCUGGAACAAGAAAAAUGAACUUUCUUAUUGUACCCCCGAUGGCCUGAUGAUGAACAUUGUUCAAUCUUCUCAAACAGGCCUCGUUAUCGCGAUGCCAAACGCUCAUUUGCUCGAAGAAAAAUACGGUUAUACGACCGAGUAUUUAGCUCGUUCGGCUUGGGAAUGUCAAAAGAAGUAUGGCGUAUACACCAAUUCAACAGCUCCCCCUCCGGUAAAUAUACGCUCCGAUUGCGUCUUUCCAAUUGCAGUUUGUGACUGCACUAUACCUGAGGUGCUUAAGGUAUACAAGGGAAAGAACAAACACCUUAUCAAAGCUUGCCGGAAUGUCGCCAAGUUACCCAUUUAA